GUGAGCUUUUAUCUGUAUUUAAGCACCGGCUGCUCGCACAUUUUGCAUCGCGGGUGAAGUUUUACUGAACAUUCAUUCACUGACAGCAUGACGACUGACAAGAAGGCACCUCUGGGCUCCAUCGAGAACCCAAUCAAGUUUAGAGAUCAGGACUUUGAGACUCUCCUGGAAAAGUGUCUGAAGUCCAGAGAGCUGUUUGCUGACCCAGUCUUUCCACCAGAGCAGAAGUCCAUCGGUAUGCCGGAUGAUCCGGAUCCAAAAAAGGCGAUCAAGUGGCAGCGACCCAAGGAAAUCAGUGAGAACGCUGUGUUUGUGGAGGGCACGACCGGCACCACUGAUAUCUGUCAGGGCCAACUGGGUAACUGUUGGCUGCUGGCGGCCCUGUCCUGUCUGACCAUGCACCCCACGCUCUUUGUGAAGGUGGUGCCACCCGACCAAAGCCUGUCCGAGCCUUAUGCAGGGAUCUUCCGUUUUAGGUUCUGGCAGUAUGGUGUGUGGGUGGAGGUGGUUGUGGAUGAUAGGCUGCCAGUACGCCAAGGCCGUCUGCUCUUCAGCUACUCUCACACCCGCAACGAGUACUGGAGCGCCCUGGUGGAGAAGGCCUAUGCCAAGUUAAUUGGAUGCUACGGAAGCCUGAAGGGGGGCAACAUUUCAGAAGGGAUGGAAGAUUUCACAGGAGGCAUAGCACACUCGAUAAAGGUCUCAUCUCGUACCCCUCAAGUCCUCUGGAGGUCUCUGACAGCUGCCUUGUCUCGAGGCAGCCUGCUCAGCUGCUUCAUCCAGGCUAGCAACUACUGUGAUAUUGGAAAAGUGACGGGAGAAGGGCUGGUAAAAGGCCAUGCUUACGCCAUCACUGACACCGACAAGGUGACGAAAGCAUCAGAUGAGAUUUUUAUGCUGAGGCUGAGGAACCCCUGGGGUUUUGUCGAAUAUCGCGGACCCUGGAGUGACAAGGGUAAAGAGUGGGAUGACGUGGACAAAGCAGAGAAGGAAAGGAUUCAACUGAUAGAGAUAGAAGACGGAGAGUUUUGGAUCAGUGCUGAGGACUUCUGCAAGCUGUUCAACAUCGUGGAGAUCUGCAGUGGGAAUCCUGACAGUCUUGUGGAGGAAAGCACACCUGCCUCUCCUUCCUCACCUGUCUCCUCGUCUACCUGGACCAUCAGUGAAAAUGAAGGACUCUGGAUACCGGGGAGCUCCGCUGGUGGUAGCCGCAAAAACGACAAGUCAUUCUGGAAGAAUCCUCAGUUCAAGUUGGUUCUCUCAGAGCAGGACCAGUCAGAAGUGGAAGAAGAGGAUGAAGAAGAGGAUGAUGAAGAUGACGAGGAUGAUGAGGCGGUGACCCCAGAGGAGAAGAAGAAAACAGAGAAGCAGAAGCAGAAAGGCAAAAAGUGCACCGUGCUGGUGGAGCUGCUGCAGAAAAACCGCAGGCAGAAGGAUAAAGUCAACUUCCUCUUCAUAGCUUUCCACAUCUACAAGGUUCCUUCUGAGCUCGAGGGUGUGUGUCUGAACCGCAACUUCUUCAUGAAAAAUCGCCCCGUUGGUCGCUCUGGGAAAUAUAUGGCUCAGAGGGGUGUGUGGAGGAAGCUGCAUCUGGACCCUGGUAACUACAUCAUUGUGGCGUCCACCUAUCGACCCAACCAGCCUGGAGACUUCUUUGUCCGCAUUUUCUUCAAGACUGGAAACACUCUGGCGACUCAGGACUUCACCUGCUCCUCUGGCUUACUCCCGGUUAUGGCGACUCCCGUCUCCUCGGAGGAUCGAGUGAGAGUUCAGAAGACUUUUGAUGAGAAGGCUGGCCCAGAUGACAGACUGAAUGCCAAGGAACUCAUGAAUCUCUUCAACUCAGUUCUUGACAAAGAUUACCAUCUGCCACUGGAGACGUGCAGACAGCUCAUCUUUGGAGAGGAUACUAAAGGGCGCUCCAGUCUCAACCGUAAACAAACAGAAACCCUGCUGUCCAGUCUCCGCAAUCUGCAGUCCAUGUUUUUCCAGUUCGAUGAGGACUCUUCUGGGACCAUGAGUCCCUUUGAACUCAGUGCAGCGCUGCAAGCUGUUGGAAUGCAGUGUGACCGCAAGGUAAUUCAGCUGCUGUCUGUGCGGUUCGCAUCUACAGAGCUUCACAUGCCUUUCCAUGGCUUUGUGUCAUGUGUCACCAGGCUGCGCAAGCUUUUUGCUCUGUAUGAAUCAGAGACCAGUCAAGAGGUGAAAGACAGAGGGAUCAACAAUUGGCUGCUUCAGUUCCUGAUGGUGUGAAGACGCUUUAUGAAGAGGGUCUCCACAUUAGACCCAGCUGAGCAAUAGCAUGCUGUUCUAACACAUAGACAAGAUAUAUAAACUGUAUUUUAAAGCUGUUCUUAUUCCAAGCUGUGGCUAUGUCAGUUUACGCUUUGCUAUGCCACUGUUUCAUUCUUGCUUCAUCUCGUACUAUCCUCAUACUUCUGGCUAUAGCCUUGAUAUAGGUUCAAGGUUUAGCUUUACAAUACAUUACAGGAUUGCACAGUGAAAUGCAGCAGUAGCCCCCUUCACGCUAUAUACACAGAAAAAGUAUAAACAGAUAUUCAAAUAAUUAAAAUAGAACAGAAUAAGACAAUAAAAUAGGCACUACAAUAGAACAAACUAUAUAAAAGUAGUGAAAAAGGAAGAAAUAAAAAGAAACUAAAUUCUAUUAACAAGGAAGAUAUACAGUAACAUAUAUACAUAUAGAUAUGUUUGCAGAGUAUGCAACAAAAUAAAGGUGUCCUUAUUCCCUUUGUCUUUUCAAAGCAUUGUGCUAUUAACAAGAACAUUUAAAUAUAGUCCACAUUGUUACCAUAUUCUCAAGUUGCUUUAUAGAAAUUGUGCAAUGAUGAAAAGAAAAUGUGUUUUUUAAAAUUAAACAUGAAUGGAAAGGUACACAUAACUGUUAUUACACAACAGAGGAAAAAAAAAUAAAUCACUGCAACCCCAACAGUUUAGUCAUCCAUGCACACAUGAGCAUACCUUGGGUAAUAUCUAUACACACACACACACACACACACAGUGAGAGUGAGUACUGCCUGCCCCACUGAGGGUGUGAGGGUGAUGUCUCAGCAGCGCUACACGCACCAUCUCUAUUCUUAUCGCACUGACGCCACGUACAGCGUCAACACACACUCGCCCCCACCUCCACUACGUUCCCUCCAUCCAUCCCUCACUCUUUCUCCCCCCCUCCUGUUCUCUCUAGUAACUGUCUGAGUCUCACAAUCUGCAUCCUCCUCCUCCCUGUUACACGCUGGCUGCUCCCUCACACAGGUGCUCGCAUGCACACGCACACAUACACACACAUCCGCGAGCGACCAAAUGUCCUUUCUACACAUGCUGCUAUUAAUAGCACCUUUGCUCACACACCACUUCCUGUUCAUCAUUAGGUGAGUACACACAGGUUGUCCUCGGCAACCAUCCAUCUACAUUGUGAUAGAGGGAGGAGGAGAGAAAGUAAAGGUAGGAAGAGGAUAGUGAGCCCAUAGAUUCAUCUCAGUGUCUGGCCUCUCCAUCAACAAUGCUUGUUUUAUUAUUCUAUUUUUAUUUUUCCAAACCCUUCCUCUUGUGUGUCUUGAGUUCAGCUCUGCAGGAGGUCAGCCAGUGUAACAACUCAACAAGGCUUGUAAAAUGAGGUAACUACAGGCCUCACAGGCCUCAGUACCGAUGUGUUCACUCUUUUAUUAUUACCUUCUCUGUUUCAGAAAGGCUAAGAAACAAGACUUAAGUCUCUACAGCCAUGUUAGCAGCUCAGUGAAGCUGUACUUAAAGGUGGGGUAUGCGAUUCUAAUCCAAUACGCGUCUUUUUGUCAAAUUAAGUGAAUAUCUCCUCACGGUCCGCUAGCUGUCCAUUCAGUGUGUGUGCUGAAAAAAAAUUUGGUGUUUGUACACAGCCCUGGCUCUGUAAAUGGGAAACAAACAAAGUGGCAUGAUUUGUGUGUCAGGUACCGUUAAAUGACUUGACCACGGGCAUUCAGCUUACUUUCUAUUUACUAUAUGGUUUAUUACACGCUAUAAUGUAGUUAUAAGCACAUUUAAGGACAUUUGUAAGUGCUUAUUAAUGUACAGUACAGUACUAGUCAACAAUUAUAACUUUUGCUAUGAGGACAUAUUUUAUGUUAUUACAACUGUUUUACUAUACUGUCAUUCACUAUCUAUUUAUACACCAGCAUCGAAGAUAGUUAACACUUAUAUCUGCUUACAAAAAUAUUAUAGUGUGUUAUAAACCAUUUGUUAAAUGUUUAUAUACUGCUUAUAAAUGCCAAAUGGGGGAGUUCAAAAAAGUGUUACCUAAAAGCUAUUAAGUCUUCAAUAUAAUUUGGUAUAACGGGUGUGAGGGUGACUCUUUGACAGGCGUUAUGUUAUCUCCUCAUAUGGUCCUCAUAAAUGUUGUAAUAUAACAACACACACUUCCCCUCAGAUCAGACGAAAGAGAAGCAGUUUGUGGUUGAUCUACCAGGAUAUAACUGUAAACUGUGUCCCCUCCCUCAUAUAGAGAGUAUUUAUUUUCUCUUUUCUGUCUCUGUUGAUUCAUUUCUCUCGACAGUGGCUGUGCUCAUCCCUCCACCUGCUCUUUGCUCUUCUACUCCUCACUCCCCCCCCCCAGCUGUCCUGUGGGAUGUGAUGAUGCUCUGACAGGCUUGGCGUCUGUUCUUGGAGGUGCUGGUAUUUUUGUGCCACAGCAGCGGGGGCUGGUACAGGAAUAGUGCCGGAGUUGUAGUUUGUAGUGUGGGAGUGGAGAUAUGGGGAGGGAUGGGAUGGUUUGAGAACUGUGAGAUUUUUAAGCCAUUGUAUAGACAGGAGGGAGACCAGGGAGGAUUGCGUAAGUUGGCUCCCUGGCUGCAAAUUUAGCCUGGGCUUGCUCACGCAUAAAUUUGAUGAGCAGUGCUAUCUCAGUCGUCAGAGCCGGGGUAUUUAAAGAUGUGAGUGUGUGUUGGCAUGGGACGUAGGGUGUAUUUAUCGUGUGUGUUUAUUUACAAGUCGUGAGGACUGAUGGCUGAUAACUGGAGUUGCAAAGAGCAGCAUUUGCAUCUACAGUACAGCACCUCUCCCCUGCACUCUGCCCUCUGUUCCUCACCGUGUCGUUGCUGUUUAUUUUCUAAAUGGCAGUUUGUUGUAGAUGGUGGUGACCAGGUGUGUCAUAGUCACUGACUGUGCCACAGAAAUAUCACAGUGAUGUAACAUCUCACUGAGCAACUUUAACUUCUCAUCCUUUAACUUUAUGACGUGAAGAAACAGCAACAAGAGAUCCUUGAGGUUAAUUUAUAGAUUUUUAGCCUUUCUAUUUUCCACUUCUGCCCUCUGUUUGGUCUAUUUGAAUGUGUAGAUGUCUGUUUGUGUGUUUUUAUACAAAAUAAACAGCUCAACAUGU